AUAAAGCAGGUCAAUGAUACCAGGAUAGUAGUAGUAGUAAAUAUCAAAAAUCUAAGAGCUGUGCAUUAUAGCUGACACCUAGAUGAACACUUUACAGUUGGUUAUAUAACUGUACAUAAUUCCCUUCAAAUGCUAUUGGAGUUAUAAACGUGUUUAACAAUGUCGUAUGUAGCUUUAGAGACGGUCCCUUAAUUUCAACAUAUCUGCGAAUAUCGAACGUCCAACGUCCCACCAACUUCAGUUCGAGGACCUGUAUAUUGAAUCUUGUGCGUCAUCUGUGUUUGUUCUUUUUCUUAAAAUUGUUUGUGUUUAAAAUGUCUCCAAGGUGAUAAAUGCGGUCCGUGGAAUUAUUUUGAACCAAAACACAACAUUGAGUUUCUGCUUCGCGAAAGAACAACUUCAUCUCUCUCUCAACUCACUGUGUGACACUGAAGAAAGCGAUGGAUUUCCGAAUAUUUCUGCUGGAUCUGAAGAACUGGAUCCUGGAUAAGAUCGCCUGUGCUGCGGUGCUGGUCGUGCUCUCUGCCGUUUAUGGACGAACAGAACAGAGGGAGGUGGAAGAGAGAAGGAGGUUUCAUCUGGAGCGCAGACCAAAGGAGCACAUCAUCGGUCAGGAGGGGGCCAUCACUACUGUCACCUCAGCAAUCAGUAUGAAGGAGGAUGGCUGGUAUUCUAAAGAACGUCCGCUGGUCUUCCUCUUCGUCGGCUCUUCAGGAACUGGUAAAACAGAGUUGGCUAAGCAGGUGGCUCAUUACAUGCACAAAGACAACAAAAAGGGUUUCAUCAGAAUGGGCAUGUCUGAGUUCCAUACGAAACACGAGGUGGCUAAAUUGAUUGGUUCUCCGCCGGGGUAUGUGGGCCAUGGGGAAGGAGGUCAGCUCACUAAACAGCUGAAGCACUGUCCGAAUGCUGUGGUGCUCUUUGAUGGGGUGGAUAAAGUGCACCCCAACGUCCUCAAUAUCAUGCUGCAGCUCUUCGAUGAGGGACGUCUGACGGAUGGGAAAGGGGAAACCAUUGAAUGCAAGGAUGCCAUCUUCAUCAUGACCUCCAAUGUGGCGAGUGAUGAAAUUGUCCAGCAUGUACUGCAGCUCAGACAGGAAACCCAGAAGCAGAGUCACCGCUGUCUGGAAGACAGUCUAAAGGAACUGAUUCGGCCCAUACUGAAGUAAAUCGUUUACUUUCUGCCUUUCUGCCACACGACGCUCAUUCAGCUCAUCGACAAGGAGAUCAACUACUGGGUUAAAAAGGCCAAACAGAAUCACAACAUCACCCUGCUGUGGGAGCGAGCCAUGCUGGAGCUGCUGACUGGAGGAUACAACCUCCACUACGGCGCUCGCUCUAUCAAACACGAGGUGGAGCGUCGGGUGCUGAAGCAGUUAGCUGCAGCGUACAAGCAAAAGCUCCACCCUAAAGGCUGCACGCUCCUCCUCACUGUGGAUGGAGAACUGGGAGACGAGAAGACCGUAAACCGCCAAAGCUCGCGCUCUCUCUCUCUCUCUCUCUCUCUCUCUCUCUCUCUCCCCUCUGAUUCCACGUACAGCUGGUUAGUGUUAGUGCACAUGUCAAUAGAACUGAACUGAAUUGAAUUGAGUCGAGUUAAAUUGAAAGAGGGAGAGAACCCGACAAGGAGAACGGGCACGUGCGCUUGUUCGGUGACCCGGACUGCGCGAGACCACGCUGCUCAAAUUCAUCAACCUUCAUUAACAAAAACGGAAUUAAUCUGAAUUACUGAUCAUUAUCUCCGUACCUGAUUGUUCUUUCUUUUUCCGACUUUCUCCAGUGGAAACAAAUGUAUUUACUCUGAUUGAACAACUGUAAGCAUCACACUUCCUAAAUGCGUGUUUAUUUAUAUUGAACGCCUCUGUAAUA